CUUAUAUAUAAAACAUUUUUCUUUUGCAUCUGUAUUGUAUCUGUUCACGCACGUAAUUUCCAGAUUUAUUUUUAAUAUAAAAUGUCAUUCAUCCGUGUAGGCUUGCAAAUCUUUGGAACUGCCAGUCGGAAAAGUCUGCAAAAGGUUACAUCUGUAAGGAGUAUUUCGCAAAACUUUUGCCGACGUCAGGAAGUACAGGAGCAACAAGCGGAAGGUAACGAGAUCGAAGGCACCGAGUCAAACAUUCAUUCCGACAGCGACAGAUCUAAACCAAUUCCUGUUGAAAUCGGUAUCAAAUAUAUGAAAAGUGAUGCUUACAAAGAAACUUAUGGAUUAGAGCCAAUAUGGAAAAAGUACAGAAGAAACUACAAGGGCCAAUUUGCUCCACCUAAGACUAGAAAAACUUGUGUAAGGCAAGGAUUUAUAGCUACAAGUAACCCGUGUCCCAUUUGCAGAGAUGAGUAUCUAGUAUUGGAUUAUAGAAAUACGGAUUUGUUGUAUCAAUUCAUUUCUCCGUACAAUGGCGAAAUAAUUGACUGGAACAAAACUGGUCUUUGCCAAAGACAACAUUUAAAUUUACUGGUAGCUAUACACAAGGCAAGAGAUUUUGGAACUAUAUCUUUUGACGUACCGUUCCGACAGUAUGAUUAUUCUGAAUGGUGCAAUUCAGAAGUCGCAUUUUCUGAUUCUAAGGAAAAUAAGUAAUUCAGUCAAAUG